AUGCCCCUCCUACGCGUGGGCUUUCCCGCCCUACUCGCGUGCCUGCUGCUGCUACUGCCCCAGGUUCACGCCUUCGGUGCCGGCAAUAUCGCUUCGAUCUCCACCGUUGAGGGAAAGAACUGGCGCCAUGGCGAUAUCGAAGACGUCCUCAAGACGGUCGCUUUCAUCCACGGCCACAAAUGGACCUCCACCAUGAUCAAGCGCGUAUACUUUGGAAACUGGCUGCGCGACUAUUCGCAGGCAAUGGACGUCGGGACCCUGAAAAAUCUCCAGGCCGACACAAUCCGCGUCCUGGUGUGGGUCCUCUCAUUCCUGAGCUUCGGCUAUGCGACGGGUGAAUUCGAGGUCACCUCUGAUCGACUGGGUGUCUAUCGGCCAGAGGAACAUAUUGACAACCCCAAGGACUACGCCGACAAUGAAGAUGCGCGCCAGUACGAUAAACGACUACGCCCUCCCGUCCGCAAUGUCGAACUGGAGAUCGAUCCCGACACCGGCAUGAAAAACUACAUCGCCAAUGAGCGUGGAGACUGGGCGACUAGUGCUGCAUAUGUGAAAUUCAGUCUGAGCCGUAGCAUCCACUACGGCCGAAUGUACACGAAUGGCGGAGACAAAAAGGGCAACGAGGAGGACCUCUGUGAGGCACUUAGAUGUCUGGGACAAGGACUUCACACGCUGGAGGACUUUGCGGCUCACACCAACUACUGUGAGCUCGUGCUUCGGGAAAUGGGCUUCCACAGUGUCUUCCCGCACACGGGCACUGCCACUCAGUGCAAUGUUCGUGGACACCAUGUUUUCCCUCUUGUCACGGGAACCUUUGGUAUGGUCGAUUUCUUCCACUCCGUGCUUGGAGAAGCCACCGACCACUUCACUCAGUCCGAGGUCAACGAGAUGGAUUUGGCACUAGGUGAUGCAGAGAACAAUGCUCAAUCCAGUAACUCUUUCGGGGCUCUGACCGGGUUGUUGGGCAAGAUCCCGGGGACAAGGGAGCUUGUGUCUGAGGCUGAAAACUUGAAGCAUCUGUCUGAGGAACAAGAGACCCUGAACCGCUCCCGAGGCUCGCACAUGGGCUACGUGGAGAACGAAGAAACUCGUGCCUCUGGUCCCUCCUCUGGUAGCACCCCGGGCCCUGGCCUUUCGGGUAUGCCAGACUUCAAUCCUCAGGAGACAGUCGCCAAGAUUUACCCGAUCCUCGCUUUCCGUGACAAGGUCGUCCGGAAGCUCAAUUCCAUCAUUGAGAAGAUCCCCGGCCUCGAGGCUAUCAUCGAAAAAAUCUCAGAGACACUGACCGUCUUCAUCAUGUCUCUCCUUGCACCUUUCGUGCGCCCUCUUAUCAACGCAGCCUCCAAGUCUUUGCAGACUGGUUCUGCGGGCGUUAUCGAUGCCUCGGGCAAGCACCAGUACGAGCCAUGGACGGACCCCCAUUGCACUGACCCCACCCACUCGCUGCUCUCCAAGGACCAUUUCGCCAACGUCCUGAAUGAGCCCGCUGGACAAGUUGCGUCCGCAAUUGUGAAGUACGUUGCACCCCGUGUGCUGUACGCCUGGCAACACAUUGACGUUCCCGAGCACGAGGUGUUGAAUGACUGUCUGCGCGUAUUCCACCACCCGGUUCUCCGGGACAUGAACAACGAGGCUCAUCGGACCAUGUUCGAAGCCGUCCAGGGCUGGGUCCAUUCUCGUCCGGACCGCGGUGCUAACUUGAACGACAUCCUCAGCUCUGAGGGUGUGAAGUCAGGCCGUAACACUGGUGGAGUCCCUCACACGCACGGAGGUGGUCAGGGCGGAUUCGCUGCUCUCGGCGGCGGUCAUGGUGGCCAUGGUGGUCACGGACAAGGCCAUUCUUCCAGUGGUCACCAGUCAUUCCUUGGCGGGUUUGGCCAGUCUUCGCAACAGCAUGGAUAUGGACAGCAGCAGUCCCACUCUUCCGGCAUGCCCUGGGACAAGCUUUCCAGCCUCCCGAUCCCUGGCAUGUCUAAUUUGAACAAGCUGGGAAAACUCGAGAGCACGAUCUCAAACUUCCUUCCCGGUGGCUUGUCGCAUGGCUCCUCACGAAAUGUUGAGGGCGACGGUCCGGAGAAUGGAGGUGGCCAUGACCAUCGGUCGUACCAGCAGCAGUACCAACAGCAGUACCCUGGAUACCAGGGCGAUCCUUACGGUCAACAUGGUCAGCAUGGCCACCAUGGUCAACAGGGAUAUGGAGGUGGCGGAUAUGGAUAUUGA